AUGGCGCCGCCGCCCCCCACCGACCCCAUGCUCGAGGACGAGUUCAGCUUUGACUGGCUGAACGGCUACGACCCCGCGGCCCCGGUCGGCGCCCAUCCGCACGAGUCCGCCUUCGAUGGCUCGUCCCCCUCGGCCAUGAGCACCGGGAGCCAGAGCGGCAUCAGCGAGGCCCUGCUGGACGGCACCGCCCGCUUCCCCAUGCCCGCCGCCAGCUGGCACAAUCCCUUCCCGACCGGCCACCACGGCCUCCCGAGCGCCCCCGUCGACUUCGGGGCCGGCAGCGGGGGUCCGGGACCCGAUCCCCUCGGUGGGGCGCCCCCGGAGACCGUCUCCCCCAAGUCCCUCAUGGCGCAGACCCACAACCCCUUCGCCGAGACGUACGCCACGCCCCCCUCCAUGACGGCCGUGGGCCCGCCCCUGCUGGGUGGUCAUCACGCGCAGAGUAUGUUUCCAUCCUCCAUGGCACCUCGCGGAGACUCUCCUAAUCCUCGCAACCUGGCGUUCGCGCAUAGUGCCCUACGAGCUCCCCACCGUUCCGCCCCGGAUACCGUUACCGACGCCACCCGACAGGCUCUAUUAGCCGGCCUCGCCCCGCCCGUCGCGGGCGGCGGCGGCGGCGACCCGCUGCCCCGCACCCCCGACCUGCAGCGCUACCUCACCGCCUAUCUCACUGACUUUCACCCGCACCUGCCCUUCCUCCACCCCCCCACCCUCGACUUCCAGGCCCCCGAGUACACCCCGCGCUCCGGCCCCGCCCCCGGCGGGGGCCUCCUCCUGGCCAUGGCCGCCCUCGGCGCGCGCUUCGCGGGCGAUUCCGCUGCCGCGCAGGACCUGUUCGCCGCUGCCCAGACGAUGACCCAACGACCCCUCGACGAGCACCGCCGGGUCGCGUCGCCCCCGCCGCUGUGGCUGGUGCAGGCUCUGCUGCUCAUCGUUCUCCACAGUCACACCGGCGAUGACCCCGCGGCGGCCGACCGCGCGCGCCCCCAUUGCGCCACCCUCGUGCGUCUGGCGCGCGCCCUCGAGUUGCACGGGGCUGCGGACGACCGGCCGCCGGACCCCCACCCCGCUGCCGCACCGGGGUCCGACCCGCCCGCGGCACGGCGGGCCUGGCUGAUCUGGAAGGCGGGCGAGGAGCGGACGCGGACGCUGUCGGCCCUCUUCGUGCUCUCCGCUUUCCUCGUCGCCGCCUAUCACCAGGCGCCGGUGCUGACCAACUCGGAGCUCCGCCUCGACCUGCCGUGCGAGGAGGCCCUCUGGACGGCCGAGUCCCCACAGGCGUGGGCGCAGCGCGGCGGGGGCCCCCCGGCGCGGGCCGACCGGGUGUCCUUCGCGACGGCGCUGACGACGCUGCUGACGGCCAGCCAGCGCGGGGUGGCGCCCCCGCCGGACGACCUGCGGCCCAGCACGUUCGGCUGCCUGGUGCUGAUCUACGCGCUGCACAACUACAUUUGGGAGACGCGGCAGCGGCACCGGGGCCGGCCGUGGACGGCGCGCGAGACGGACGCGAUGCAGGCGCAUCUCGAGCCGGCGCUGCGGGCGUGGCAGACGGCGUGGGCGCGCCACCCAGCCCACAGCCUCGAGUACCCGAACCCGUUCGGCGCCGGCCCGCUGUCGGCGGACAGUAUCCCGCUGCUGGACCUGGCGUACGUGCGGCUGUACGUCGACCUCGGCCGCCGGCGGGCGAUGUUUUGGGCGCCCGACGAGACUUCCUUGCCGGCAGGGUCGCCCGACGCGGCGGGUGGCGACGAUGCCCCCGACGCGCUGCCGACGGCGGUGCUGGACCCGUCGAUGCGCCCGCCGGACGCGGGUGCGGGGAGCGUGGGGAUGCCGUCGCCGCGCGAGCGGCACCUCCGGCGGGCGGCCUUUUACGCGGCGGACUCGAUCGCCAUGUCGCAGCGGCUGGGAACGACGUUCGCGGCGUCACCGUGCCGGGACCUGCCGAUCCAGUCGGCGCUGUGCGCGUUUGACUGCGCACAGGUGCUGGCGGAGUGGUUAGCGGCGGUGGAGGGGCGGGCGUUGACGCCGGACCCGGGGCUGGAAGAGGAGGACCGCACGCUGGUGGCGACGAUCGGCACGAUCCUGGCGCGGAUCGAGGCCCAGGGAUCGGGGCUCCCCCGGGUGGCGGGAGGAUACGGGCCGCAGAUUCUGGUAGCGACGGCGGGACUGCUCGAGCGGGCGAGGGUGUGGCCGGUGACGGGGUUGAUGGCACGGUCGUUGGAGGCGCAGGCGCGACGGCUGCAGGAGCGGCCGCUUUCAUGA